GCCAUGGAAACCCAUUCCAUGAAGCUCUCUACGCACUGUUGUUGGGCUCAUCUGAAGGCCACACCAAAGUUUGGAGGUCUUUAGCUAUUGACUCUGCAGACAGUUGAAGCAUCUGCAUGCCUAGGGGCUUGAUUGUAGACACCUGUGUCCAUGGAGGGGAUUGGAACACCUAAAUCACAUGAUAUGGAGGGGAUUGGAACACCUGAAUCACAUGAUUUGGAGGGCUGGCCCAAUACUUUUGGCAAUAUAGUGUAUUUAUACAUGAAGAUCAUA